CUCAAGAUGAGGGUACACAGAAUAUUUCUCCUGGUAGUGCUGGGCUGCAGCUGGGCCGGUGGACGAAUUGUGCCAAAAUGUGAACUGAGAGACCAACUGAUCUGGGCAACCAGCAGCCUUCCACAGAAAGCAAAAGAUUCAGGACUGGACAGUGAGAAGUUCGUGACCAAGAUCGUCUGUUUUGUGGAAAACGUAUCAGAAUUUAACACCAGUUUGGUCAGUAACGGGCUGAGAGACGAUGGCAUUUGGCAGAAGAACAAUUCUUCUGGGGACUCGGACGACACACUCUAUGGCAUUUUCCAGCUCUGGGAUCAGCUGGUCUGUGGUAACGGCACAAAUUCAUCACCAAAUAUUUGUGCGAUAAACUGCAUGGACUUGAUUGAUGAUGACAUACAAGACGAUGUCCGCUGUCUGAUGAAGCUCUUCGUCGAUCUGGUUGAAAAAGGUUUUGGGGCAGCCCAUUGGAAGGAGCUAAAGAAAGAGAUUAAGCUCAUCUUGCAGGAUAAGUGCAAAGAUAAGCAAGCAGCUGAGUACUUUGCUGAAUGCCAUUAGUAAUGAAUCUUAUGUUAACAGGAAUAAAGUGAUUUGUGAAAAUAAAAUAAAACUAAAGCAUGUAAAGUAAAGAUUUAGAGUUGUCUGGAAGAACUGAAUUGAAUCUAGGAAAUGUGGAUUAAGAUGAGCAGUGUGAAGAGGAGAAUACAGAAAUGUUAACCAGUGACUUAGAUAAGUAGAGAUAAUAAUGUCCUAUGGCACAGGUACUGCCAUGGAGCAGCUCAAAGCACAAACAAAACAGUGAGACCACACAGAUAAUGGAGUUUUGAAUAGCAACAACAAAACAAUCAAAUUCAAUUACCAUCAAAAUAUAUGUGAUGAGUUCAUGAAUGUGGUGAAGGUGUUAAAAGGAAGAAAGAUGCUGUUGGCAUCAAGCCAUUUUUAAAACAGUCAGCCAGUAGGUGUACUUCCUUUAGGAACUGCCUCGCACACCCUGCCUGUCUCUACACAAAACCAGAAAGAGGACAGAGCAGGCAGAGUGGGAGCACUCAUCACCAGUGUGAGGUUGAUUACUAAACUUUAGCAUCAGGAGACACAAUAUAGAUGUAGGAUGUACUCGACAAGUAAGAUUCACUUUCAGCUUUGUCAAGAGCCCCAACAGUUCUAGCAGGACGGUGCAGAGCUAUCCAACUUGUUCUUACUGCAAGGUGUCAAAUACAGUUGGAGGCUGUUGGCCUCACAGAGACGAACAAGGUGUCCUUUAGUGUCAAAAAUCCAGAACCAUUUCAUGUUUUUAUUCACCCCAGUUGCUUUAGAAGCGCCAGUUAACUUACCCCUAUGCAUGUCUUUGGACUGUGUUAGGCUGCUGAAGUACUGGAUAAUAUGCAAACUCCACACAGAAAGGUUGAUCCCACCUUGAUUCAAAUGCAGGACCUUUUUGUUGGCAGGUGAUAGCCCUUCAAGGGCUGUAGUUUAAUUAUUUUUGAUCCUCAAUAAUGAAGACAUCUUUUUGUUCAAACAUGAUAUAUGACGCAAUAACAAAUGCUAAAAACAAUUCUGUGCUUCUUUCAGCCUGGCAUAGUUACAAAUAAUACCGCUAUCAUGGUUUCAUGUGCAGUGUUGGGAACAUAAAUCAGAUUUCUACUAAAGAUUAUGACCAUAACAUGUGAUCGUGUACAUCAUACAGUGUAUUAAAACCAUAUUAGAGUAAGCAAAUUUGUUGAUGUUGUCAUUCUGGCUUGUUACCACUAGAGGUCAGUCUUUGAUGCAGUUUCUUUAGAUUCUUCAUCCUGCACUUCUACAUUUGUCUUUCUCUCUGUUCCACUCUGUCCUUGGGGACAAGUCACACACAUGUC